AUGAGUUCUUAAUUAAAGGCUUAAUUAGAUAAAAUAAAAGAUAAGGAAGGCAAUACUUUAACCAACCAUCUUAGCAAUCUUUUGACAAAGCUUCUCUUAGAUGACCCUCAUAAUGCUUAUUAUAUCUUCGAAGAUGAAUCUCUUAACGUCAAGCAAAAUAAAUAUGAUUUCAAAAAGCAUAAUGAAUUUUAAGAUAAUGCUGAAAGACUUAGAGAAAAGUACGAAGCUGUUAGCGAAUCAUUUAAAGCCAACAAAAAAUUGCUUGAUCCUCUUAUGGAAGGAGAAGAAGAUAACUUAGCACCAGUAGGAGCUAUUGGAUAUGUACCAAACUUUAUGGAAGAAGCAAAAUGGUUUGAAUGGGCAGGUGUAGGUUUUGGAGAAGAAGAAUCAUAUAGAAUAUUUAGAGCACUGACAGUUUUAAGCAAUGCCAAGAAAGAAAAAGGUUUGAAAAAUGUUAGAUUGUGGGGUAAAAUUCACUGCACUAAUAAAGAUUAUUAUAUUGCUGAAGGAUAAGCUGACUUCGAAGAUUAUGGUGAGCUUCCUCCUGAAGUUGAACCUUUGGGUGGAGAUGAACCAAGUGUAAAUCAAUUAAACUACUAUGUGACUACAGAUUUGGUUCAAGGUAACUGGGUUGAACUUCCUCCUAUUACACCUCAAUAAAUAAUACUUUCAAGGAGAAUUAAAUACGUUUUUACAGGUGAUUUGAAUAGAAAAGUCAUUACUAAUCCUCAUUUCGAAAGUAAUGUUAAGCCUGCAAAUAAUCUUCAAUAUAGUGUUGGAACUGAAAAGGAAUUGCUUAAGUGCAUGAUUGUUAGAAUUAGCCACUGCUGUUCAGUCUAGCCCAGAGGAUUAAAGCUCGUUGACCCAGAAGAUGCAACUGGCCGUACUUUAAUUGACCCUGAUGAGAAUUUUACUUUCCCCGAAUUCUAAGCUCUCUCUACCUUAAAUGGUUGGGUUCACUCAAAAUAGAAUAUUUUAAAUGAAGGUAAAUUAAAACACACUAUUCCAGAAGCUUAAGAGGGUGAGGAAUAAGAAGAUGUUGAAAAAAGAACAAUUGCUAAAGAUCCUUUUGAACCUCUCAUGAAGCCUCUUAAUACAGAUUCUGCUCCUGAAGGUUAUAAAUCUGCAUGGAUUUUGAGAACUCAUGGUGAUCAAACAGAUUAUGGAGUUGCUUAAAAACCUCCUGCUGAUUAGCCCAACAAAGUGAUUUAAUAAAAUUAUGGCUAUAUUUCUAUUAAAAAUCUCUACUGGCCUGGUCAUGUCACUAUUUACCAUAACAAAAAGUGGUAGAACUUGUAUAUAGGUUAAGGAUUCAAAUAAUCAUAAGAAUUUUACUAUCCCAAAGAACCUGAAUUUAUUUAAGAAGAAUAACUUGAAUUACCUUGCUAAGUUGAACCCGUCCCUCCAGAAGAAAAGUAACAAGAACCAGAAGAAGGAUAAGAAAACCAAUAGCAAUAAUAAGAAGAAGAGGAAGAAAAUUGA